ACGGAUGUUCUAGAUGACCAAAUAUGGAGAUUGACAAAUCGAAGUUGAAAUCGUUGUUCUGAUAGGUUUUCAGUUUCUAACGACCAGAAAGCCCGAGUGUGUAUGGUGCGCUAUUAUAUCUAUUUUAGUGUGUGUGGGGUUUUUUUUGUUUGUUUGUUUGUUUGUGUUUGCACGCGCGCGACUUUGUAAGUGUUAGUGUGUGAGCUGCUUUAGUUUCAAAAGAGGAAGCAGUUCCACCCUCAGAAGCUGUCUGAAGGCCGAGGAGCAGAAAAAGUACAAAAGGAGCAAGCGAGCGACACGGCUCACCUCAAAGCGAAAACUUACAACUAAAACGCUCUUGUUAGAUUAUUUUACGCCUUCUUCGUUCAGCGGGUGGAUAGUGAAAUUCCGGCGAGACUUUCGGGUUUUCAGUUGACGCUGAAGGCCGUGGAUGUGUGGAGUAGAAAAUGAGCUUUCAGUAAGAGGCUUCACCCACAGCAGUCCAUGGUGGUGUCUUUGACUUCUUCUGGAUUCACUCGAGGACUUUGCUUUGGAUUUUGUCUUGGUUCGGGUUGGCUUUAAUUGCGGGCGAACGAGGGGGAGUCUCUUUUUCAGACUCUGUAAAGUUUUUGAUCCGGACAAAUCCCAGAUCAAAACCAGUAUGAGUGGAGAAGGCGAAAGAUUCAAACUGGUGGUGGUGGGAGGAGGAGGAGUUGGAAAGAGCGCCCUGACCAUCCAGUUCAUCCAGUCCUACUUCGUGUCAGAUUAUGACCCCACCAUUGAAGACUCCUACAGCAAGAUCUGCACUGUGGACGGAGAGGAGACCAGGCUUGACAUCUUGGAUACAGCAGGCCAGGAAGAGUUUGGGGCGAUGAGGGAGCAGUACAUGCGCUCUGGAGAAGGCUUCUUACUGGUGUUUGCACUCAACGACCGGGGAAGUUAUCAUGAAGUCCAGAAAUUCCACACCCAGAUCCUGAGAGUAAAAGACCGAGAUGACUUCCCUAUGGUGUUGGUUGGAAACAAGGCUGACCUGGAAUCACACAGAGUGAUCUCCAGGGAGGAUGCCCAGGCGUUUGCCAGAGAGAACAGGAUUCAUUACAUGGAGGCUUCAGCCAAGAAUCGCUACAAUGUCGAUGAGGCCUUCUUGGAGUUGGUCAAAAUUAUCAGAAGGUUUCAGGAGAUGGAGAGUCCUCCUCCUCCAGCUCAUCACACAGGGAAACAGAAGCACAGUGGCUGUCCCUGUGUACUCCUUUAAAUGCUGUUACUAUGGACACCAAAACUUUGUCCCUCUACAGCUUUUCCAAAAACAAGUGUGUGUGUCUGUGUGUAUGUGACAGAGAGAGAGAGAGAGAGAUGAGUUACAUCUCUCAAAAUGAUUUUAUUUGCACUUUUGUCAAAAGCAGCUUUUAAAUCAAUGUAAUGUUUUACUUUAAUGAGAGGACCUAAAGGGAAAGGAAAAUAUUGUUAAUUUUGUGGAGAAACAGGAAAUCGGUACUUAGGCAUGUGUACAAGUGGCAUGCAGUAAUAAUGAUGUUACUAUACAAAGGUAGUGUCCACAUACAGAAACAUCAUCACACGUGUUGUGCAAGUGACCAAACUACUGCUAGAAAUGAUGCAAUGUCCUGCAGGUACAGAUGUCAGCAGUGACAUCACUCAUUUCCAAUAUUAUGUCAUCAGGGUACAAAAAAUGGAUAUGUCCAAAAUGUACAUGUAACAUUUCAACUUGCUCAGGAUACUGUAUGUGGCACACUGAAAGAUAAGACCUAGCUUCCAGCUGCUAUCAUAUUUCAUGCCUUCCUGUAGGAGACAGCAGAGCCACAAAAGCCAUAAUUAUGGAUUAAGGAGGAAACACGGCAAUAGCUCAGGCCAUAGUUAUGCGAUCAGCUGGUGUGCUUGUCUUUUGUUGCAACCUUCAAUUCAAUUCAGUUUAUUUAUAUAGCGGCAAUUCACAACAAAAGUUAUCUCAUGACGCUUUCCAAUUAGAGCAGGUCUAGACCAAACUCUUUAAUUAAAUUGUAAUACAGAGAACCCAACGUUCCCCCUUGAGCAAGCACUUGGCGACAGUGGCGAGGAAAAACUGCCUUUUAGAAGGCAGAAACCUUGGAGCAGACCCCGGCUCAACCUUCUCGUCUUUCCAUUUGUGUUGCCUGAUCAGACUCUUAGUUCAGUGGUCUUAUAAAAUUUGAUUAAUGCGAGGUUACAUACAUACUUCCUCCUAGCAUUGCAGCUUUCAUGACAGCAGAACUUUACUUCAGGAAGUAUCAACAGAACUACUACACAUCUAUUGUGUCUGCAGCUGUCUAUGCAAGAAAGUGCAUUCAGGCCUUAAAGAUGGCUCAGCUCCCAGCAUUUAUAAAAACUAUGUGAAAGUGCCCUUGAGUGUUUUUCAUAGUAGCAUGAAUACAGGGUGCUUUUGCAAUUUGCCACUUUUUUCUCAUAAUUAGGAUAGAGAGAGACAGAGAGAGAGAAAGAAAGAUAUAUAUAUAUAUAUACACACACACACACAAACACACACACACACAUAUACGUAUAUUUGUUGUUUUAGCAAUGUUAUAAUGAGCAUAUAUAAUUAUUUCUCAGUCUCUAUAUUAGAAUACAACCAGAAACUACAGGAAAUGCAUAUGCAGUAUUAAAAACAGAAAGUAUUUAGUGUGACCUCCCUGUAUUUGAGUAAUAGCAGGAACCUGGCUCUUUUAAACCUAAAUGGAAUGGAACCAUAAUUAAUGUCAUUGCUAACACCACCACAAUGUUUGUCCUGCUAAUUCAUGUCAAAAUGACUGCUAUGAAAAAGGUUACCCUAGGCUUGUCCACAUGUUGUAUGAGUUGGGUUAGUUGGAAGUUUGUUAAUAUGUAUAAGAUCAACUUUCAGUCACAUCAUUGCAUUCAAAAUGCCAAAGAUCACAGAAUUUGACAGACAUAAAAUGAUCAUUCUGCAUCAGCAAGGCCACUCUCAAAGGGAAAUCAGCAAACAAACUGGAUACUUAAAGUGUGGUAUUCCCGCUGUUCUAAAGAAAUGUGAAGAAUCACUAGAGGUCAUGGAUGAAAAAAGGACUGGAAGGUCUAGAAAAAUCUUAAUCUUAUAAGUACCGGUAGUUUCUCAGAGUUUCUUCUUUGAGAGACUGGGGAAGGGUAGCAGCCAAGAAACCACUUUCUCAGAGCGGGAACAGAAUGAAAAGGCUAAGAUAUGCUAAAGCUCACAGAGAUUGGAAUGAAGAUCAGUGAGCAGAAGAGAGAAAUGGAAGAAUGAGUGCUUGCUGCCUUCAGUGAAAAAUGGUGAAGAUUACUUCAGAAAACUACCCAAGAGCCUCCCCAAAAGAGUUCAAGAUGUGCUCAUUUCCAAGGGAGGGUCACACUAAAUACUGACUUUUGCCUGUUGAAGCUAAUUUGUUCUGAAAAUUGGGGUUUUUAAAAUUUGUGUACAAUAAGUAUUCAUUUUAACAUUUACCUUACAGCCUGCAAUUCACAUUAUUGAAUUUGUAUUGGAAUUUUUUCUUUUUUUUCUUUUAUUAUUUUUAUCAUAUUAUUAUUAUAUUGGGAAAUUACUUCUCUACAUUUAACCCAUCACUGAUUGAAACACACACACAUGCAACAAGCAACAUGCAGUGAAACACACAGGAGCAGUGUGCUGCCAUUUCAGGCACCCGGGGAGCAAAUUGGGGGUUAAGUGCCUUGCUCAAAGGUACAUCAGCCGGCUAAUGGGGAGGCACUUCUCAAAUCUCUUGACCACGGCUGGAAUUAAAGUCAAGGUACUUUUACACAUCAUUAAAACAUUAAUCUGACCAUUUCUUUCUGUUGUGCACUAUAUGACUGUUUUUGUUUUGGGGACUCAGUUGAUUUUGUUGUGUCAAACAUUUGUCCAAUAUGACACUGGACAUCCAUACAAUCCACUAAUGCAGUGAAACUGGAGGUGUUAGUUUGAUCAUAUGAGCACCGAGUCUCAGUUCCGAGGCUUCUCUAAUGUAUACGGUGGUGUGUGUACACUAUGUUGAUACUGCACCAUUUUGGAAAAUGGAAAACAAAUAAUGUACUAUAAUAUUUUGCAUAAACAGGAAGUGGUGUGUGGUGUGGCCCAACAGAUGUCAGUCACUACUGCUAAUUCAAAAUAGAAUUGUUAUAAGGCCAGGUUUUUUUAGAUUUAUUUUAAGAUCCAUUUACUUACUUGUAUGGAUUAUCACUGUGUUGUGUGAUUAUUGUUUCAAAGUAAAAGAUGGAGCCA